AUGUCCCUGGUGCCUGCUAUGAUGUCCUCUCUAAAAGCUUGGAACAUGCUCCUGCUCCUGCUGUGCCUGCAGUGUAGCCUAUACUUUCAGGAGGAAAGCACUUCCAGGAGGGAGUUCAUGGAACGCCAUCACCUCAGUCCACACAAAGAGUUCAGUGCCUACAGCUGUGAUGGCCUCAUGACAGAUAAAGCUCUGAAACCGAAGCCCUCACACCUGUUUGUUUAUAUGACGUGGUACAAAGUUGAACAUAUAUGCAUUAGUAGCGACUGGAAAGAUCGCUACAAAAAUCUGUAUGUUUGGCCUCAGACUCCCAUUAAGGUCCUCAGGUGCGAGUGGGAGAGUUUAAAAAACAGAUAUACAGAGAAUAGGAGCUACGGCUAUGUUCAGUUCCAUUGCAAUGCUGAUGGGUAUGUCGACAGCAUAGAGGACAUGAAGGUUCUCGAGCCCAUCCUAUUGUAG